AUGAAGACCUUCGCCAUUCUUAGCAGCACUCUGAUGCUGGCCACCGCAGUUUCUUCCCAGACACUCUGCGCAAUCAACUGCUUCACAACCGUCUACAACCAGCACCCUCCCACUACCUGCACACUGCCUUCCAUGUAUGACUGCUUCUGUGCCUCCCCAGAGCUCCAGGGUUAUUUCAUCCAGUGCGCCCGAAGCACCUGUGGUAGCAACGCCGAUGCUGCCAUCCAGUUUGGCGUUGAUUUGUGCAAGGAUUACGGAUACACUGUCACCGUUCCUCCCGCUGCUGCUGCCACAGCCAACUAA